GUGAGAUCCAACAUUCCUUCCCCGUCUCUUUAAAACCCUCACUCUCCCCCACUUCUUUAUCACUUCCGAGGUCCAACCCCAACUGCAAACUCCACACACACGCGCGCUCGGAUAGAGGUUGGGAGAGAGAGAGAGAUAGACGAAGGGGGGAGAGAGGUCAGGGAGAUCGAUGAUGGAGAGGGCCGAGGAUUUAGGGCUCAGCCUCAGUCUCAGCUCGUCGCUUGCUCCUCGCACCCACCAUGUCGCCAUGCUGCUCCACGCUCCAGAGAGGAGAUUCCUGGAGAUGCCACUGCUCCCUGCGAAGCGGGUCUGCGAGGCCUCUGCCGACGAGGAGCGCUCCGGGCAGCGUGGCGGUGGCAGCGACGACGACGACGGCGGCUGCGGCAUGGAUGGCUCCCGCAAGAAGCUCCGGUUGUCCAAGGACCAGUCCGCCGUGCUCGAGGACAGCUUCCGGGAGCACCCCACUCUGAACCCGAGGCAGAAGGCAGCCUUGGCGCAGCAGCUGGGCCUGCGGUCGCGGCAGGUGGAGGUAUGGUUCCAGAACAGACGCGCAAGGACGAAGCUGAAGCAGACGGAGGUGGACUGCGAGUUCCUGAAGCGCUGCUGCGAGACGCUGACGGAGGAGAACCGGCGGCUGCAGAAGGAGGUGCAGGAGCUCCGCGCGCUCAAGCUCGUCUCCCCGCACCAGUACAUGCACAUGUCCCCGCCCACCACCCUCACCAUGUGCCCCUCCUGCGAGCGCGUCUCCAACAACAACAACAACAACAACAAUAACAGCUCCAACGCCGCCGACCGCCGCAACGGCGUCGUCGAGGGCGCCAUCUGCCACCGCCCCAUCGCCGUCCGGCCGCAGCAGUCAUGAAUCAUGAUCGACCGAUCGACAACCUAGUAGCCACUAGACAGUCUACUUACUAGACAGUAGGCAGUACACCGUAUCAAAACCAACAGUUUCGCACAUUUAUUCGCGCAAGACUGUUGCCCUCGCUCGAUCGUUCUGAAUUUUUUUUCUUUGUCAGGAAGGAACACGAGUAUUAAUGU